AUGAAUAUUCGCGUUCUCUGGCAGCUGUUACUGGGGGCUGUUUCUGUUAGUGCCAUUGUCCAGGAUGUAGAGGAUCCCAGUCAGACUGUGGUGGUAGAUUUAGGAGCCAACCAGCAGCUGAAGGGACUCAAUGUUAGCUUGCCAUCUGGUGUCAACGUGUACACGUUUUACGGGAUACCUUAUGCACUUCCACCAUUAGGUAAUCUGAGAUUUCAGCCACCAAAGCCAGCCCUCGACUGGACGGGGAUCAGAGAUGCCGUCUCCAAGAGUGCAGUAUGUCCUCAGUUUACGUUCGAAGACCUGACCUCUGUGAAAUCAGAAGACUGCCUCUAUCUCAAUGUUUUCACACCGGAUGUGAAUGCUUCACUUCCGGUUUUUGUAUGGAUCCACGGGGGAGCCUUUCUUAUAGGUUCAGCUUAUCAGGAUGGGGAUGGCGAUACUUUUGCAUCUCAAGGGGUUGUAGCCGUGACCAUCAACUACAGACUUGGAGCUCUGGGCUUCCUGACCACCGAAGAUGACGUAAUGCCUGGAAAUUAUGGGCUGUUAGACCAAGUGCUGGCUCUAAAAUGGGUUCAGAAACACAUUUCAGCAUUUGGUGGAGAUCCUGCACAAGUGACCAUUGGUGGGGAAAGUGCAGGGGCUUUCAGCGUGUCCCUUCUUGUAGUUUCUCCCUUAACAAAGGGACUCUUUAUAAGAGCCAUCAUGGAAAGCGGUUCCUCAUUGUCUCUUAGCGCGGUAGAAAGGAUGGGAUCUGGAGAUAAAGCCAGAGAUUCCACGUUUAGGUCAGCAGCGCGUGUAGGUUGCCACAGAACGACAUCUGCUGAAAUCUUACAAUGUCUGCAAGCAGUUAAUGUUGAUGCACUGAGGUUAGCCACAAUGGAUGCAAGUACUGUCCCCAGGGUUGAAUCAAAGUUCGGCUUUUUGCCUGAUUAUCCCUUAAAUUUGCUAAAAACUGGACAUUACAACAAAGUUGACACGCUACAUGGAACCAACUCUGGAGAUUUUUCAGAAUUUAUCCAAGAUCCCGAAGACGAUGGUAUAACAAGACAAGAGUUUCAAAGUUUUGUUAAAGGUGAGUUAGAAAGCUUCAGCAACACUGAAGACCUUGUCCAGGAGCUAGUCGAUGCUUACAUAGGCAAUGAGACAGACCCAUUGGUGCUGAGAUCAAUCCUCGUUCAAGAGGUUGUAGAUUGGGUUUUUGGGGGCGGUAGUCUUACAGAAAUAACCAAGUACACAAAGGCUCCGGAUGUAGCAACCAAACAUUUUCUUUAUCAAUUUUACUACAGAAUAAGUGGUACAAGCACACCCGCCUGGAGGGGCGUUGCUCACGCAGCUGAACUGCGGUUUGUCUUUUACCCGGAUUCCCGCUACAAUUACUCUACAGCAGACGACAGGGCGGUAGGUCGUCAAGUUCAGACAAUGUGGGCAAACUUUAUCAAAUAUGGCGACCCUACUCCUUCAAGCGUCCCCAAAGCGUCUUCAGUGGGACCCAGUCUUGUGAAGUGGGAGCCGUUCACUUUAGCCCAGCCUAACAUGCUGGAGAUAGACGUGGUGUCCAAGCUUGUGACUUACCCAAGACUCUUCUUGAUUGACUUAUAUGAGAGAAUUCUAGAACUUGCAAACUCAGCGCCACAAGAGAGCCCCAUUGUUGGAUAA